ACAGGGACAUUGAAGCUCUCUUUGCUGUAAUAUUGCAUUGCAUUUUUGCUUAUUCUAUAAGCAUACCUAUUUUGAAGAAAGCCUUAAACUUUUAAAUUAUCUUUUAUCUCUUGUACUGUUGAACACAACUUUAAAGAUGAAGAAGUCUUUUGGAGUAGUGUGCAUAUCACUAAUUGUAUGUGCAGCUCUGUCAGAAACAAUUGGAUUAGUGAUUGCGGGUAAAGAGAAGCGAGGGUGGACACUAAACAGUGCUGGCUACCUUUUGGGUCCCCGUCGUAUUGAUCACCUAAUACAGAUAAAGGAUAAUCCAAGCGUAAGGGGGAGAGAAGAACUGCUAAGUCAAUACGGCAUUGACGGUCACCGCACUCUCAGUGACAAGUAUGGCCUUGCUGGAAAGAGAGAUAUGCCCCUGGACAAUGACUUCAAAACAGGUGCCUUGAGAAUAGCUGAUGAGGAUGUAAUACACACUGUCAUUGACUUCUUAUCAUACCUGAAACUUAAAGAAAUCGGAGCUCUGGAUACCAUGCCUUCCUCUCUCACAUCAGAAGAGAUGGGUCAGCCCUAGUUCAACUGAUCUCUUCUCUACGCCUCACCUGCCUACAAACAACAGUAUCUGUACAUUUCCCAUUAUACUGGAUACUGGUGUCAUCAUAACAACAAUAUACUAUACAGAUUAAUCACGUUCUUAUUAUAAUUUGAAAGAAAUGGAUUGAAUAAAACUUUUGAAUGGCAAAA